UUGCGUAUACGUUAUGGUGGCGACUUAAAGUGUUCGCGCUUGAAAAUCAAAAACAAAUUGCCAAUAAUUGUAUCAAUAAUAUCAAUAUCAGCUGGCGCUUGCUGCUGCUUUUGUUGACAUUGGGGCAAGCGAGCAAUGAUUUGUUGAAUGAGAGAGAACGGAGGACAAGUUGCAAUGCAUAUUGAAAGCUCCUUGGCCGCAGCGCCCACCAACCGUCCCUGACAUCCAUAUUGGCCCACAGCCAUCAGCUAUUAGCCAGUGAUGGCAGAGCGGAGAAGCAUCACUGCAAACUUUUGCUGGCGUUGGCCCAGUUGUGUUGUUUACGUGAAAACGUGCGCGUGGAACGCUACAGUAAAUUAUCCCGCUCGCCGUUUAGUGUGUCCAUGCGAUUGCCCUGGUGGGCAGAACGUUGAAUUAAGUAGCCAAAGAUGAAGUUCGCGGAGCACUUGAGCGCACACAUUACGCCGGAAUGGCGUAAACAGUAUAUUAAUUAUGAGGAAAUGAAGGCAAUGCUGUAUGCUGCUAUUGAGCAGGCGCCCUCGGCUGAGCUUGUGGAUCGGGAGAUGGUCACACGCUACUUUGCCAAAUUCGACGAGGAGUUCUUUCACUACUGCGACAAGGAACUGGCCAAAAUUAAUACAUUCUACUCGGAGAAGAUGGCGGAGGCCACUCGCAAGUACGCCAAUCUGCGCAGUGAGCUGACAGAGGCCAUGGAAAUGGGGCACGUGAAGAAGGUGCCCGCUUGGAAGCGACGCACUCCGCUGGGCAAGAGGAAUGUGCCCGCGCGCAAGAUACAGGAUCUCAAGUUGGCAUUUAGCGAGUUCUAUUUGGGUCUGAUACUGCUGCAGAACUAUCAGAAUCUGAACUUUACUGGUUUUCGCAAGAUACUCAAGAAGCACGACAAGCUGCUCAGUGUUGAGUUCGGAGCGCGCUGGCGCUGCGAUCACGUCGAGGCGGCGCAUUUCUAUAUAAACAAAGACAUUGACAGACUCAUACAGGAAACGGAGCAGGCGGUCACACAGGAUAUUGAAGGCGGCGAUAGGCAACGUGCUAUGAAACGUUUGCGCGUGCCGCCGCUGGGCGAGCAGCAAAGUCCUUGGACCACGUUCAAGGUGGGUCUGUUCUCAGGCGCCUUUGUGGUGCUGCUGCUGACCGUCAUCAUAGCCGCCAUGUUCUAUGGCUUUGGCGAGAACUGGCGCGUUGGCCUGCGCAUGUUUCGCGCUCCAUUUCUCAUCACCGAAUGCCUCUUUCUUUGGGGCGUCAAUGUCUAUGGCUGGCGCUCGUCUGGUGUCAAUCAUGUGCUGAUCUUCGAGCUCGAUCCACGCAAUCAUCUCUCCGAACAGAAUAUAAUGGAAAUUGCCUCUGUCUUUGGCGUCAUCUGGGCGCUCUGUGUGCUCUGCUAUAUCUUUUGCGAGCCCCUGGGCAUACCGCAGUACUCUGCUCCCAUAUUUCUCUAUACGCUGAUGGUGGCAUUCCUACUCAAUCCCACCAAGACAUUUCAUCACGAGGCACGCUAUUGGGCCAUACGCGUGCUGAGCCGCGUCAUCAUGGCUCCGUUUUGUUUUGUCAACUUUGCCGACUUCUGGCUGGCCGAUCAGCUGAAUAGCAUGGUGCCAGCCUUUCUGGAUAUACCUUUCUUGAUCUGCUUCUUUGGCCUCAAUCCCAGCUGGAACAAGGCUGGCAAGGCUGGCUACCAUUGUGUGGAGUACGUAUCCAUAUUACAUCCCAUUGUGGCCAUAUUGCCGGCAUACUUUCGCUUCGCUCAAUGCAUUCGACGCUAUCGCGAUACAAAGGAGGCGUUUCCGCAUUUGGUUAACGCCGCCAAGUAUGCCACAUCUUUCUUUGUAGUCAUCUUUGCGCACAAAUAUCACACAACCACAGAUACUUAUCCGCUCUCGAAGGAGAAUCCUUGGUUCUAUUGCUGGGUUAUCGCAGCGGUAUUCUCCUCCUGCUACGCCUACACUUGGGACAUUAAGAUGGACUGGGGUCUGUUCGACUCGAAGGCGGGCGACAAUCGUUUCUUGCGUGAGGAAAUUGUUUAUUCAUCCACGUGGUUCUACUACUUUGGCAUAAUUGAGGAUUUGAUAUUGCGUUUCAGCUGGACGCUGUCCAUGAGCCUCAUACAAGCGGGCUACAUCGAAGGUGAUGUCAUGAUGACCAUACUCAGUCCCUUGGAGGUAUUUCGACGCUUCAUAUGGAACUACUUUCGCCUGGAGAAUGAGCAUCUCAACAACGUGGGCAAAUUCAGAGCGGUGCGUGACAUAUCCGUGGCACCCUUGGACUGCUCAGAUCAGACUACUAUACUGCGCAUGAUGGAUGAUCCCGAUGGCGUCAUUAAUCGCCGGCGUGGCAAGGGCGCCAACGUUGGCAGCAAGUCCAAAAAGCAAAAGCAGGGGCAGCAACGUUUACUGCUGCAAGGCGAAUCUAAUGAGGAUCUGUGCACCUAGCUGUGCCUGUUUAUGAACAGCAAGUGCUAAAUAUUAUCAAUAUAAUUUUUAAAUCCCAAAUAAAAAACUGACUAUUUAUAACUAUUUAAGAAUUAUAUUUUGGUAAGGAUUUAUUUUAGCUGCGACAAAUGUUGAAUGAGACAAACGCAUUUAGACAGCUUUAAUUUAAUAUUAAUUAUAAACUUAGUUAGGUUUAGUAU